AUGGAUGACAAGUCGACAUCCUCGCCUGUUUCUUUUCCAGAUCUUGGUGAUGAGUUAAUGCUUCUGAAAUCUGCCUUUCCAACUGAACUGACUAUAAACUCAAGGUUCGGUUUCUUUAUUUUUCGUAAUGUUGUCUUUGUUAGUGACCAAGGUCUUUUACUCACCGUCCAGAUAACUCCCGGAGUUAGUAACGUUCCUGUUAACGUGCUUUUUGCUCUUAAGAUAUUUUGCCCGUUAAAGUACCCUUCUGUUUCGCCAGUCGUGACGAUAUCAGACCCAGUUGGAUUGUCAGAUUCGGCUUUGUCGGACCUUCAGUCAGAUAUCGCUGCAAUUAUUGAAUCUCAUGAAACAGAACUUGUUAUUUUCCCUCUAAUUGAGUGCUGCCGUGACUUUAUUUCGGGCAAUAUUCCGUCUGUGGAUUGUUCCAUAUGCUUUGAUGCCUUUCAAACAGAGAGUGAUGUCUAUAGGUCCCGCUGCAACCACUUUUUUCACAAGGCGUGCAUCUCUGCAUACCACGACAGCUUCCGGAAUGCCCACAAUCACGAAAUGGCCCUACUUCUUGCCAAAAAUCCGCACUGUCCCAAAGAAAUGAGACCGAAGGGUGCCUUUUUCCUUAUCAGUAUACUGAUACUCGUCGUUCUAUUGGGCCUUCGAUUCAAAUACUGGCGAGAGGGUGAGCUAAGACUGAACAAAGCAGGUGGGCCUUUACUGACCUCAUCUGAUGUCGUUGUGGCAACACUCAAAGAUCCCCAGGCUGUGGAUUUGCCAAUUCCAUUCUUUAGUAUUUGCAAUGCAAAUCCAGCCAAGGGGUCGGUUCUGUUUGGAAUGCAUUCUGCAAAGCAGAAGAGCCCAACUUGGUAUGAGACAUUCCUGGAUGCGCAUUUAGCCCAUCCUCUGUCUAAAACUCCCGACACGGCCAAGCAAACGUCCAACUUCUACCAUAUGCUCAACCACACCGCACAUGACGUCAAAAAUAUGCUUCUUGAGUGCAGAAUUUCUUCGCGUUCAUGUUCUUACGCUCAAUUUGUCAAAACCAUUCUGCCUUCUGGUGUCUGUUACACGUUUCGUGGAGAUAUGAAGCCCUCUGAGACACUGCACUUGGAGCUUGACCCAGAGUCGUUGGAUUACCUCAUCCCAAACAAGGGGCUUGUUGGCUUCCGCUUCCUCGUUCACGACACGCCUGAGCCCAACUGGGUGCACCACCAGUCGGCCAUUUUCCUUGGAAUACAAUUUCACACCAUGCUUCGCCUGACUGGAAUCAGAAAGUUUGCUGCGUCUAUUCAGCUAUGGGCUUUUCUUCGUGAGGCAAACAGGCGUGUAUUCCAUGAGCUUGUCAGCCUCGAUAAGACUUUACUUAGUCUGUACCAGAUAAGUGGAGUGAUGCAGAGGGUCGUUAAGCUGAUUGGCGAUGCGACUACUUAUUCUCGGAGAGGUGGAACCCGUAUCAUAAAAAACCUCUUUGAAACAAAGGAAAAGAGCGGCAGAUUUUUUGAUGAAAAUUGCCUGGAUCAGGCCGAGCAUAAUGGGAUGCUGGCAAGGGUCAGUCAGCUCAGCAGCGCCUUCACAAAUCAACUGCAAGAAUCCUUCCUGUUUAAACCGGACAAACGGAAUGUUCAGUUAAAUUUAGUGCUAAUAUUCCUGCAGCGUAGCCCACUAGACUUUACGAGGCUAUUGAACGAACUUCGAAUAAGUGACCUCAUUUCUGAUGUGACUGUGCUAGACCUGCGCCGGAACGGUCAAAAGUGCCUAGACUCAGCAUACAGCUUGAACGGACUCUUGAGUAACUUUACUACGACAUAUCAUUUCCCUCUCAAUUCCUCCGAGGCCAGAGCCAAUGGAGCGGCGCGUGCCAACGAGAAUAUCAUCUCUUCGUUACAGGCUAUGCUUCUGGCCACUGAUGCUAGCUUAACCAAGCUAAGUGCUGAAUUUUCACGGCUCUAUAACCAAAACAAGCUCCUCAUUAAUGAAAUGAGGAGCUUGUUGUCAUACCAAUCGUCAGUGGAGCGUCGGCACUGCCGGGUCUCUGUCACAGUGCAACUAACUUCAAGACAGGGCCAAUCUCUCCUCCUAAAGUCAUCGGAAUCUCUCAUGAGCAAAGAUGCCGAACUUUUGGAUAUUCUCACUUCAGCCGUUAUGAUUGGCUCAUUAGUAGUCCUUUUGGCAGAGGGUGCUUUUUCAGCGGUUUGGAGGUGCCGACUGAGUCCUCACAGUCGUGCGUCAGGGGAUCUGAAACGGCGUUUUACGACCCCCGAAUUCGAUCGCAGCAGGCCGCCGCCGCCGGCACCACAGAGCGCACACCAAGACCACUCAACAGGCAUGCCUCGGCUUCAGCGCGGGAGUGGACGCAACGUCUACGGCCUGCCGCGAGACAGCGUGACACCAGCUUGCACCGUGAAGUGGAAUCACUUUACCCUGGCGCCUCCUCACAAGUUCGUCGGACAAAUUGCGCGCCAUCAACAGCAGCAUCAGCGUCAACUCUUUCUGGACAUCACCGAGACAUCAUCCGGUGUCAUCAACUCCCCCUCAACGUCCGCUCACCCCUUCUCGGACGUUGUCUAA